AUGAACCCCGAAAAUACCGACCCUUCGACUCCCCAACGCCCUUUGCCAUCCCCCCUCGAUGAAACUGUCGUCACGCCGUCGCGUCUCGGCCUGCUGCAGACUCCGCCUCGGCGUCCUGGCCGGGGUCUCAAGCGCCCCAUUGAAGCCGGACCCGAUGCUCCCGAGUGUCGCGAGGCUAGCCCUCUUCGACUUCUCCAAACGCCCCCGCAGCGUCCGCCACGUCGUGCCCGGUUCUCCACUGGGCUCGUCAAUUCAGCAGCUUCUGGCCCGGCAGAUACGAUACCUCAUGCUGACCGGCCCGCCUCGGAUCGUGAAGAGACACCACAUUUCGCUCCCGAUACGGAGCAGGAAGAAGUGCAUCGGGCAAAGCAUCGCGACGAAAACACAGUAGAGCACGAGGUAAAGCACGAGGAACAGCGUUUAGAAGGCAAGCAAGAAGUCCAUUUCAAAGAGCCGCAAAAGGAAGAGCAGCAUGAACACCCGGAAGAGUAUGACCAGUGCCAUCUGGAACAGCAUCAACCGGGACCGUACCAGCUUGAAAUCGAAUCUGAGCCACUUGAGCUAUUGUCUCAGUUUGGAACGAGCCAAAUGGAAGCUUCCCAGCCACAUUCUUUAAUGUGGCAGGAUUUUGGAGCAGAAGAAUAG